GCAUUUUUGUAGAAACUCAAUUUGUUGCAUAUAUCAGGCAAUGAUGUUACGUUCACCCAAUUCACUUGGGUGCUUUACUUUAUGCAGAAACCCUUUGUCGUCUGCCGCUUAUUCAAUAAUGAAGAAAAGAGUAAAAAAGGUGGAUCUGCGAAGUCCAAGCCAGCACUGGCUCCUUUAUCUCCAGCAUCAGAAGUGCAAGUUGAAACUCUUCAAACAAGUCUUCAAUCUUGUUAUUCUGAAAUUUAUGAUGAAAUGAUGUCUGAUGUUACAUUACCUGUUCAGAGUAACAACAACAACAACUAUCACAAUGCAGAUAUUGCAAAAUAUCAAGCUGCAGAACUGACAUAUACUGAGGAUUAUUUUAAUGUGGCAGAAUUUUUGACUCCCAAUAUCUCUGAGGAUUCAACUCCUAUCAAUCCUCUUAAUAAUCCAGAUGAGUGCUUUCAUAACACAUCUUGCAGUCAAAAUAAUCUUGCUGUUGACAAUGAGACCCUGAAAAACAAUGGGUCAUGCGGUGGGUCAGUUGCCAAUGGACAGGAUUAUUUUAAUGUGGCAGAAUUUUUGACUCCCAAUAUCUCUGAGGAUUCGACUCCUAUCAAUCCUCUUAAUAAUCCAGAUGAGUGCUUUCAUAACACAUCUUGCAGUCAAAAUGACAAUGAGACCCUGAAAAACAAUGGGUCAUGCGGUGGGUCAGAUGCCAAUGGACAGGAUUAUUUUAAUGUGGCAGAAUUUUUGACUCCCAAUAUCUCUGAGGAUUCAACUCCUACCAAUCCUCUUAAUAAUCCAGAGGAGUGCUUUCAUAACACAUCUUGCAGUCAAAAUAAUCUUGCUGUUGACAAUGAGACCCUGAAAAUCAAUGGGUCAUGCGGUGGGUCAGUUGCCAAUGGACAGGUUGACCUGGAUCUGGAUUUCUGGGAAGCCUUUGAAACAGGCUAUAUCAGUCCACCAGGGCAAUCAGAGUGCAACUCUUUUUUCUCUCCAUCAAAUUCAACCCCCGUUACACCUGUUGUUUCUCCUCGUACCAUAGCCAAAGCUCCUCUUAAAGAAGCAGAGUCUAUGGUAGCACCAGCUUCAGUGCCUCGAGAAUUAGGCUUUGAAGCUGAGAAUUAUCUCAAUAGUUUUUUACUUUCUCCUGAGAAAAAUUAUGAUGGAAUAACAUCAAACGCUAAAACACCCAUUGAGUACAAGAACGAUGGUUACAACACUUAUGUUGAUAGAAAUCAAGUGGAAGUAGUCAUAUCUGAUGAGGUGGAGGCAUGCUCGAAUAUAUUCUCCAUCUCACCAGAGCCACUAGUUAGCAACGUGUAUUCCCCAUUUCACUCUCAAGUGCAAGCAGAGUUAUAUUCUUCUUGCACCUAUCACCCUUCCGCCAAUGAUCGUCAUUGGGGGGUGUAUAACCAAUAUGGCACGAAUGAGCCAGAUGAGUACUUUCCCAACGCAUCUUUGAGUCAAAAUAAUCUUGCUGUUGGUGAUGAGACCCUGAAAAACAUGGCCUCUUUUAUGGACAAUGGGUCAUGCGGUGGGUCAGGUGCCAAUGCACAGGUGCCAAUGGACUUAUAGCCUUUUCCAUGUCAAACAGAGUUAAUAGUUUUCUACUCUUUUUCAAACCACAAACCUAUCGUCUUUUACAUUCGAAGGCCUAUGGCUUCCUAACUUACAGUCAUUGGAACCUGGAUUGUUACUCUCCCCCCACAAUCUAGGUUGGGAUUUUUUAAAAUCCUCUAUUCUUAGAAGACUCUAAUUGCGGUUUAAGUCAUUGAUGUUUUAGAAUAGUAGAAUUAUGAGAUUCAAGAUCAUGAUCAAGCUUUCAACAACCUCCGGACAGACUCCAUUACAGAGACAAACAACUAUGGUAGAUUACUGUACCGUCACUUCUGUGCAUAAUCUUGAUGAGCACUGAUAAUGCUUCCUCAGUUGCUGGUGAUGUGAACGAAUUCUAUAUGUAUGUAAUGAAUUAAGCUAUCGUUUGGAAUUAGUAUGAGGAUUUGGCAACUACGAAAUUGGAAGCAGAGCUUCAUUGU